CUCCAUUGCCAACUGAGACCCCAAGCCCCUCUCAGACUUCGAAGCCACAGCACCCGCCACCAAACUACAACGAAAUACGGUUACUGUGUCACUUGUAACGAACCUGGAACCAUCUCCCGCGUUUUCUUGUCUGUUUUUGUUCCCAGAAAAUGCAGGAAUCUAGAGACCCUGCAAUUAAACUCUUCGGCCAGAAGAUUCCUGUGCCCGGUGAGGGCGAGCUUCCUGCUGUUACCGUCGAGGAUGCCGAACAAUCUGAAUCGCCGAGGUCCAUGGAGGUGGACACACAAGAAGGAGGAGACGGUGAGGAUGGAGAACAGCAGAAUUCUGAGGAGGAGAAGGACGAAGAUGACGAGGAUCAUUCAGCUGGAAACACUACAGACAAAAAGAAAGAGGCUGAUUAUCCUCCAAACGUGGAAGAGACUGAGAAUCCAGACUCAUUGGCUGAGGCUAGUGUGAACCCGAAAACACCUUCCAUAGAUGAAGAGAUUGCAAAAUCAAAAAGUGACAGCUCAGAGAAGGAGAAAAGUGAUGCAGCCAACCCUCAGGAGAAAACCCUGAAGAAGCCAGAUAAAAUACUUCCAUGCCCUCGCUGCAACAGCAUGGACACCAAAUUCUGUUAUUACAAUAACUACAACAUCAAUCAGCCUCGUUAUUUCUGCAAAGCCUGCCAAAGAUACUGGACUGCAGGUGGUACCAUGAGGAAUGUACCGGUAGGGGCAGGUCGGCGAAAGAAUAAGAACUCUUCUUCCCAUUAUCGCCACAUCAGCAUUUCAGAGGCUCUACAAGCAGCUAGAAUUGAUGCUCCAAACGGGACUCAUCUUCCAGCGUUAAAGGGAAAUGGCAGGGUCCUCAGUUUUGGAUUAGAUGCACCUAUUUGUGAUUCUAUGGCAUCUGUCCUGAAUCUUGCAGAGAAAAAGGUCCUAAAUGGUGUGCGAAACGGCUUUCAUAGCAAAGGUGCUGAAACUGGUGGUGAUGACUGCUCAAGUGCAUCUUCCAUUACAGUUUCAAAUUCUAUGGAAGAGAGUGGCAAAAGUGUUUCACAAGAAUCAUUGCUCAGAACUAAUGGUUUUUCUCCUCCAAUCCCAUGUCUCCCUGGGGUUCCCUGGCCUUAUCCUUGGAAUACUCCAGUUCCUUCACCUCCUAUAUGCCCUCCAGGAUUUCCCUUGUCAUUCUAUCCUGCAGCCUUUUGGAACUGUGGUGUGCCCGGAAAUUGGAAUGUACCCUGGUUUCCCCCACAUCCCUCUGCGCAAAACCCAAUAUCUCCUUCCACUACCAGUAGUCCUAGUUCUCCAACACUAGGGAAGCAUUCGAGGGACGGUGAUGUGAUCAGAGCAGACAACUCACCGAAAGAAGAACCAUCAAAACCGAGAAAUGGGUGUGUUUUGGUUCCUAAAACCUUGAGAAUUGAUGAUCCAAGUGAAGCUGCAAAGAGUUCCAUAUGGGCAACUCUAGGAAUCAAGAAUGAAUCAGCCAGUGGAGGAGGUAUGUUUAAGGCCUUCCAAUCAAAGAAGGAUAAGAAGGAUCAUGUCGUUGAAACUUCACCGGUGUUGCGGGCUAACCCUGCAGCCUUAUCUAGAUCCCUCAACUUUCAUGAGAACUCCUGAAUUAGCUUCUCUAGUGAACUAGAAGAGAUGAUGAGCAUCUGCGAGUAAUGGCCAUUUGAUUAUCCUCACUGGCCAUGGGGAGAAGAGCACGGUGAUAGUCUUUGAUGCCCUUAGCAUAAUUGGAGCUAAUCCUGAGGAGUUUUUUGUGGAAAGGGGGGAACUAAAUUUUUGUCUUUUCACAUGACACUUUGAACAGGUGGCUUUUUUAAUGUACUUUAGUUUGGUGAGCUUGAGUUCAUGUACAUAUAUAAAUAUAUGUGUAAAAACACUUUCUAGAGAUGCAAAAAUAUCUUUACUAUGCAUAAAAAUCCUGAGGUACUGUUUUUUCUUAUGGAACAGGAAAUUUGGUGUUUCUUUUCUUGUACAAGUGUUGUUUCUUUCAAAAGAUGAAAAUCACUUUUCUUGGAA